CCUGCUUACAAUAAAGCCGGUCUCCCAUUUCUAUCUUGCCUCUUCCCCUUCCUGCUUUCUGUAAGCAGACACUCACGUGGCUGUAUCUUCAUCAUAUUUCCACGACAGGCAUGACUUUUUCCACUCAGCUGCUUCGUCGCGGCAUUGAAGCUGCCCACGACGUGCAUGGGUUGUUGUCCGCAAAAGAGGGUGGCCAUGGUCAACCAGGCGAUGAUGAACCUCCUCAUGUACCGGCCCUGGCGGCUCUACUUUUCUUUGCGACCGGCCUGCUGUUCAUCGCCCUUCUCUUCGGUAUCGGUUACACCUACGGCCACUUACUCCCUACUCUUUGCAUGAUCGAGUCUCCCGAGACGGCUGCCUAUGUUCCAGUCGAUGUCAUUGGACCUAGCGAUCCUCCGGCUUAUGCGGCCACGACCCCAAAGACUACCCAAAACGAUGGUGAAGAUGACGCCGAAGUCCUCCUCGUCCGCAACAAGCCGAUCACAGCCUCGAUCCGUGAGACCAUCCUUCAUCUUCGAGCCCGUGCUGGCUACUGGUCUCGACUCCGCGGCUUGUCAAUGUUCCUGAUCUGGAACAUGGCAACCGGAUUCCUUGUUGGGAUAAUCGCCAGCAUCUUUCACAGUCGACUCGGUGUCGCCUUUGCUGCCAUUGUUGCUGAGACGGCAUUGGCUACGCUACACAUGACUUGGGUGCACAUUGUCAUUUCCGAGGCUAGCGCGCAAAAAUGGUAUCAACGCAUUCCGUCCCUCAAGACAUGGCCGAAGAUUGCGCCGGCGGUGGCGCUGUGGGCAACCUCCAACCAGGUCGUUCACAUCCUGCCAAUGCUUGUCUGUGGUUCGUUUGGAUCUCUCAAACAUAUGAACAACCCCGAAUAUCAGCCUGGCAGAAAAGACCUAUAUGCUGUUGGAGCACAGGGAGUUAUGGCGAUGUUCCUGACUAUCAUGCUCUUCGUGCUCCUGCAGAUUCCUGCUAGCGUUACCUUGGUCAGAGUGGCGGCAUCCAUGCUUCCCGAGGAGGACGAAACUAUUGUCCCCUUUGACCGCACUUUUGGUGGCAAGACUACUCCAGCCAUCAUUGGUGGUCAAGGAAAGAUCGGCCUGGUUGAGGCUUGGAGAAGCUUUCCCUGGGCAAGCCGCAUUCGCCUUCUGAAACUCAUGGUCAAAGUCGCCUUGAUCGUCAUGGCGUUCUGGCUUGCCUUCACCAUGGUCCUGGUGGCCGAAGCGCACCUCAUCUUUGGUGACAAACUUGGAGAAAUGAUGAAGACGGUGCAUGGAAUUUCGCGUCCGCACUGAACGCGCUGUACAUUACGCGCUACCCUACUUCAACAUGAACGCCUUAAUGGCUUCUGUGAUAUACCACACAUUGUACAUUAAAAUGAGGACAACAGGGGCGUCGUGACUGGGUAGGCUACUUUUCUAGACCCGAACAACCUUGAACACAAACAGUCAAGAGACAUACUAUUUUUCCAUCACUUUGAUCUCUGGUGGCCGAGCUGUUGCCGGAUCUUUGUUCAGACUGCCGAGUAUCUCCAUGUCUGCGAAAACCAUUCGGGGACCGCCCGCAGUGACGCCUACGAAUCACUGAUGCCCAGCCUUGCCCAGGCACCACGGCCCAAAGGUGAUUGAAACUCCGAGCCUCGGCUUGAAAGCUUUAGGCUCGUAACAGCUGGAAAGGGCAUGAUUUGGUCGGCCAUGU